AUGGGUCUGCCAAGACACCCCAGUGUCCCUUCAGAUCUCUCAAAAGGACAAACAAAAGAUGAGAUGGACUACUAUGAAGUCCUGGGCGUUCCCCAGGGUGCCUCUCAUCGUGACAUGAAAAUGGCGUACAGAAUGAAACUGAAGAAGUGGCAUCCUGAUAAAAACCCAGAUAACAAAAAGGAAGCCGAAGAGAAGUCCAAGGAGAUAAUGGAAGCAUACAAAGUGCUGUCAAAUAGUGUGAGGCCUGCCCAUGGGAAACACAAGAGCAGCACAGCAGAAGAGAAAUUCCAAACCAAAACAGACAAACCAAGUUCUCAGGGUAGUAAAUCGAACGAGGAGAAUGACAACAGCUCCUGUUCUGCAUAUGAUGAGUCAACUUUUGAGUCUGAUGAUGAAUCAUCAUAUUUGGAGGAUAAUCUCAGCCUAGAAUCUGAAGAGUCUAGUGAAUCAAGUUCUGAGUCCAGUUCCAAGUCUAGCAAGUCAAGUUCUGAAUCCAGCGAACUGAAUUCAGAGUCAGAUUCUGAGGCUAACAAUCGAAGUUCUAAGCCUACCAAGCACCUUCUUUUGCAUACAUGUAGGAAAUCUCACAAAAGACAUCAGACAAUGCAGAACAAAUUGCCUCCUGAGAAAAUGGAUUUUCGAGUCAGGAAGCACAGGCAGCCCCAGGAUGGGAGACAUAGACUGCAGACUUGGGAGAAAACUCUACCUGCUGAGAAUAGUGUAUUGCAUACCAGGAGCAGCAAGUCCAAUAAAGAACCUCUUACUGAGAACAGUGAGAGCUACAAUGGGAAGAGAAAGGUCAGAACCGAGAAGAAUGGGGCCUAUGCAGAAAAGGCCAGACAACAAAGUGAAAAUUGGGAGACCCAUACUGGGAAGAUGAAGCUUCCAAAGCUAAAAACUGAGCCACAUAGUGAGGAAAGUAAGCUCCAUACUGGGAAGACAAAACAGUGGAAUGGGAAGGCAGAACCAAACACCAAGAACAAACUUCAAAAUGAAAAAACUGAUGGCCAUGUUGGAAAGCAUGAGAUGCAAAUCAAGAACUCUUCAGCACGGAAGAGCAGGUCUUAUCCAGGAUGUGAGCCUGAUCAGGGAACAGAGCAGCAUGCUGGGCCAAAUGAGCAAUUUGACAUGCCUGAGUCACAUAUUAGAUAUCUGAGGUACACUAGGAAGAAAGCUUCACCAGUCAAAAGAAAAGAGGCUCCAAGUGGGAAGACUGAGUUGCAAUCGCCAAAGGGCGAGCUGAAAAACGCAAAGGCAACACAUCCCCAAAGGAGUGAGCUGCAAGCUGGGGGCAGCAAGUUGCAUAGUGGGAAGAACAAGAUGAAUGUCCAUAAGAGGCUGGUGAAUGAAGCGAGAAGCAAGAUUAAUGUCCAGAAAAAUGAGUUGCAUGCUAUGAAGAACAACGUGGCUGUCCAGAAGAGGAAGCUGAAUGCUGGGAAGAGCAAGACGAAUGUCCCAAACAGCGAGCUGCAAGAUGGGAGAAGCAACAAAGCAGCCCCUCAGCACACUGAGAGCAACGUGCCAGCUUAUACAUGGAAGGUACCAGCUACCGUCUGGCUUGGUCCAGCAGAAAAUACUGCAAGGUUUUUCUUUGGUGGAACCCCUGAGUUCUCUGGUGGCCAAGCUCCUCUGCCAGCUAAAAGAAGACCAUGCAGAGCAAAUCAGCCCCUGCACGUAAACCAGUGGGAAAAUAUCCAAGCCUGGAAUAGAAUAAAUGAGUUACAUUCGAGGAAGAAUUUGCUUCUUCCACAUAUUGCUGCUCCAACUCAGCGUGGAAACAGUUGGUCUCCAUGUAUAAAUAGCCAAGCUGAAAUAUUUAAUCCAGAUGCCUCAUCUUCCUGUCCGAGAUGCUCCCAGUGCUGGUGCAAGUUCUUUCACCACAGUCUGUGA